UCCUUUUAAGAAUUGAUACGUUGGCGUUCCUGGCAAUUGUACCCACAUCCUGAUCUCCAUGCUUGUUCUGUCAUUAUCUGUGACAAAAGCUAAGAAUCAGAGUUUUGUACAUAUGGGGACUGCAUUUGCAUGUAAUCCCACAUUGAAACAGCAAUGAAGGGAUAUGGUUUCAGAUAUGUCUCUCGUUUUUGCAAUUUUUAUGCAUGCAGAAUUGAAGUUGCGGCACGCUGAAAGCAAAGAUGCAGAAAAGAGCCAAAAAUACAGUGGAUAUAUGAUACGUUUAUAAGUAAAUUUUUAUUUUUUUUCUUUCCUUUUUUAGUAGCAAAAUAAAAUUAGGUUGGAGAAUUUUCAAACGGAUAUAAAAAGUAGGUGGGUUUAAAAAUAAAUAACCAAAAUAUACCUGGCGAAAGUGUAAAUAAAAUAAGCAAAAUUUAGAACAAAAAAAAAGCUGGAAAAGAAAAAAUCUCCGCCGUCCAAAUUGUCUUUUUGGAGUCAGCUUUUGGCGCUACCCAACAUUUUCUUGUGUAAUGUGAUGAAAAGAAGAAAAGAAAAAAAAAAGAAACUUGGUCCAAACUUCAAACACUACCGAUCCCUUUGCUUUCUUUUUAUCAUCUGAAAAUUCAAAAUAAGUUAUAAACAUGGACUUUUAUUUAUAAUUCGGUGUAACUUUAUGGGUAUAACCGGACGGGUAAGAUGGAGCAUGUCUCUCUGCUGCAACGUUACCGUCGCGAUCGCCGGAAGCUCUUAGAGUUCUUGUUAUCUUCCGGUUUGAUAAAGGAAAUUCGGACGCCGUCAGGCUCCUCUCCUCUCUCCGAUGCCGACUUCGACAAACUCAGCGCCGAUUACAUCCUCCACUGCGUUAAAUCCGGUGGAAUUGUUGAUGUUUCUGAAGCCACUAAGAAGUACUAUGCGGAAUCUACUUAUCCGAUACUGAUUCAUUCUAAAUUAGGGGAUUCGUAUUUUCUUACUUCUGAUCCAGAUUUCGCUGGAUCUCCUCCUCGUCGUGUGCCUCCUUCAACUACUCUCAGCAAUGCUACUAACCAUGCUUCAUCUUCAGCUAGUCAAAAGGAUUCUAUCGAGGUUAAGAACUUUGAAAUGUCUGGGGAUGACUACGGUUUGAAACACAAAGCAGAAACAGUGGUAGCUAGGGCUACUUUAGGAAAUUCUGGAAUUCCUUCUCUUGGAUUACCUAUGUUGAAAACAGGAUUAUCUGAUGAUGACUUGCGGGAAUCAGCAUACGAGUUAUUGCUUACGUCUAUGCUUUUUUCUGGGGUUGAAGUGUUUCCUGUUGAGGAUAAGAAGAAAGAAAAGAGUUCUAAAUUUUUGUCUAGAUUAAAGAGUAAAAGGGAAAAACUACAUUUGCAACCUCAGCUGUCAGAAAGACAUUCAUUACUCAUUGAUACUAUCCGUGCACAGAUGCAGAUUUCAGAAGCAAUGCAUUCAUGCAUUCAGCGAAAUAUGGUACAGCUGGCUGCAAAAAGAACACAUGGACAAAUUGAUCUUCCUCAAAUCUCGUUAGAGCUCCUUAUUGGCAUUUUCAGAUCUGAUUUUCUUAGUGAAAAGUCUUAUCUGCAAUGGAAGAGUAGACAGGUGAAUAUGUUAGAGGAACUUCUUUACUUCCCAGCUAAACUUCCAGAAACUGAACGUUUAACCAUUAAAAGUUGCCUUGCAAAGAUUAGAGAUACAAAGGAAUGGGAUGUUGCAAUGUCUCCUGCUCAACGAGUUGAGGUUAUAUCAUCUAUUAGAACGGUGGCAUCAAAAGUGUCCUCUCAGCAGGGGCAGUUUGGUCUCCAAAUUGAAACCUAUUACUGGCUUGCUGCUUAUCAUUUGAACAUUAGACUUUAUGAGAAAUUACUUUAUGGCCUCUUUGACAUUCUUGACGAAGGCCAACUCAUAGAGGAAGCAGAUGCAAUCCUGUCGCUUAUCAAACUGACUUGGUCCACUUUAGGCAUCACUCAGAAAUUGCAUAAUGCUCUAUACGGGUGGGUCCUUAUUCAACAGUUUGUUGGCACAGAUGAAGGCACUCUGUUGGAGCAUGCUGUUCUUCAGUUGCAGAGAGUCGUAUCUACUGAAGAAGAUGACUGGAAUGAAGAGCAAUAUAUGAAAAGUAUAAUAUGUUUAAAGCAAAGCAAUGGCAGUCAAACAAAGCUAAAUCUGGUGCAGGCCAUUUUUCUGUCCAUAGGCGCUUGGUGUGACAGUAAACUACAAGACUAUCAUCUACAUUUUAGUGAGAAACCUGUUAACUUCAGAAAGGUGAUGGUUUUGGCAUCAGCAAUAGGAAUGCUCUCUUCUGCUGAUCGUGCUGAGAUUAAGUUAACUAUGAAUGCAUCUAAUAAUUCUUCUGGUGGGAAAAUUAAGAAUUAUGUAGAGAAGUCUGUUGAAGCUGCAAUUGGGAGGGUGGCAAAUACCAUUCUUAAAUCGAAAGAAAAGAUGCAUCCUUUGGCUCUGCUUGCAAUCCAGCUAAGACUUGUUGCUGAGAGAGAGUCAACUAUAUUUUUCCCAGUGUUCUGUCAAUGGUCUCCUGAAUCCAUAAUGAUCUCAGUGAAGCAAUUGCACCAAUUUUAUGGGGAAAGACUGAUUCCAUUCCUAAAGGGAGUUUCAUCUCUAUCUGAAGAUGCGAGAUCAGUGCUUGCUGCUGCUUAUAUGCUGGAUCACAAACUUGGCCAGCUUUAUACUUCUGCUCUUGAAGAACAGACGGUGGACCACUCUCUGAGGCCAUAUUUGAACCAUUAUCAGAUUGAAAAAGUUUCAGGGCCAAUAAUUCUUGAUUGGGUGAUUGGUCAGCACACUCACAUAUUGGAAUGGACCAGAAGAGCAUUGGAUCUUGAGGAUUGGGAGCCCUUGUCAUUUCAUCAAAGGCAGGCAGCAUCAAUAGUUGAAGUUUUUAGGAUACUAGAGGAGACUGUGGAUCAACUUUUUGGGAUGAAUCUCCCUCUGGAUAUCACACAUUUACAAGCCCUUCUAUCCAUAGUUUUCCAUAGCUUGGAUGGGUAUUUGCAGAGAGUGCUCAACCAAUUAGUUGAGAAGAAUCAUCUGUAUCCAUCAGCCCCUCCUUUGACUCGUUAUACUGAGACAGUUAUUCCAAUAAUUAAAAAAAGGUUGAAUGAGUUCAGAGUUUUAGACGACAAUGUGCUUGAUAGAUUGAACGAAUUGACAAUACCUAAACUCUGUAUCCGGCUGAACACCCUUCAGUAUAUCCAGAAACAGGUUGGCCUACUUGAAGAUGGCAUUCGAAACUCUUGGGCACUUGUGAAGCCAUCUCUUAAUCAAAGACAGGCAGAAGUAGAGCCUGGAGAGAUUUUGGAGAGUGAUUCACUAACACAUAAUGAAGCGGUAGAUGAACUCUUUGUUACCACCUUUAACAUCAUAAGGGAUACUUCUAAAGAUAUUGGCAGAAAAAUUUGUGACUUGAUUGGAACAAGAGUUGUGUUUUGGGAUCUUAGAGAUGCAUUCCUGUUAUAUUUAUAUCGUGGCAAUGUUGAAAGUGCUCGCUUGGAAAAUUUCCUUCCCGAUUUUGAUACGGUGCUGGACAAUGUAUGUGGUUUGAUUGAUGAUGGUGUCAGGGAUCUUGUGGUUUUAAGUGUUUAUCAAGCUUCAUUGGAAGGUUUCGUUUGGGUAUUGCUUGAUGGAGGCCCUUGCCGUGCCUUCUCUGAUUCAGAUAUCAUCCUUAUGGAAGAAGACCUUAUGAUGCUAAAGGAAUUCUUCAUUGCUGAUGGAGAGGGCCUUCCACGGUCAUUAGUUGAGCAGGAAGCAAAAUUUGCUGAACACAUUCUUCACAUGUUUUCUCUUCAGACCGAAACUGUUAUUCAAAUGCUGAUGACCGCAAGUGAGCUUAUUUCAAUGGGAUUAGAUUCAAAUAAACAUGGCCACAUGAACUUGCAAGAUGCUCACACCUUAGUACGAGUCUUGUGCCACAAGAAAGAUAGGGAGGCAUCAAAGUUCUUAAAAGUGCAUUAUCAGCUACCCAUGUCUUCAGAUUACGACGAUGCUCCCUCAGGGGAUUCAACCUCAAGAUCACCUCUUAUAUCAGAUGUUCUUAAGCGAAGCACCUCAAUUCGCUGGACCAAGAAGGGCCAAACUAGUUUAAAAUCAAUGAAGAAGAAACUUCAAGAAGCAACAAAUGAAAUCAGAAAUGUGGCAAGGUGAUGUAGCUGCAAAAUCAUGUUGCAUAAAGGCUUCAUUAGUCUUUCAUCUCAAUAGAGCAUUUUUUAGCCGUUUCUUUGUGCUUGGUAAUGAGUUAGCCGCCAAAUCCUUUUUCUUUUUGUUGUUCUGUACGAGUAAAAUUCUUAAUAGUUAUAACAGUAGUUAGGCAUCAUCAUGCAUGUAUACGAUUGUCUGUGAAUGUAAUGCUGUCAGGACAAAUUCAUGUAAAUCAAACCAAGACAAAUUGAAGAUA